AAUUCUCAAGUAUCAUGUCCUCUUCUCCUUCCUCCUCUUCCCCUCUUCCCACAAGAUAAUACAUCUGCAUAAAUACAUUGAACUAGAGGGUCCUUAGAAAUUUUGAGGGAUUGAUAUGGGUCUUCCUCAAACUCAAUCACCAGCUCCUACUCACUUGUACCCUCAAGAUAUUCAACUUAAACUCUACCAAGCAUUCAUAUUCUCCAUUCCCAUCCUCUUUUCCAUCAUUCUCUUUCUGUUGUUUUAUUUGUUCUAUCUAAAGAGAAGAGCUUCUACUCUUUCCCAGCCUCCACCAAUACUCCCAACAAGUUUUAAUAGGACAAAUGCCCUUUUGCUCUCAAAUUGUCAGCUGGGUUUGAAGAGUGAGCUUAUAGACAGGCUGCCCACAGUGUUGUUUGAUGAAGAAUUAAGGGCAAGGGAUGCACAGUGCUGUGUUUGCUUGGGUGAAUUUGAGCUGAAAGAGCAGCUGCUCCAAAUACCAACUUGCAAACAUGUGUUUCAUGGUGACUGCAUACGACAUUGGCUGAAUUCACACUUAACCUGUCCUCUUUGUAGAUGUUCUGUCCUCUCUCCUACUACCAUAGUGCAAAAUGCAGUUCCUGUCAGUCUGACAGCACCGCUUCACCAUCAUAAUACAAAUAAUACAACAUCUAAUGCCUCAGAUAAUCAACAGAUUGUAUCAUCCGAGGUUUAAGAGCGGCAACAAGGUGGUGGUAGCUCAUCAGGCACUGCCAACGCUCUUUUAACUGUCUCUAUCGAACAAUAAAUAGUUGUUACACAGGAAGGUGUUCAGCUAAUAAAGAACAAAAAGUUAUACAUCCCCAGCUUACUCUUUAGAUUAGUUUUGAAGUGUGUAUCGUUCUCCUUUUGCAAGACUCUGAAACUUCAUCAGGCAACUUAUUAGAGGCAUGAACGGAGCACAACAUUACAAAGUUAUCCUAAGUGCAGGGGAUUCAAACAAAGAAAUAAAAGAAGAGACACAAUAAAGAAAUUAAACAGAAAUAUCGUGUGUCAAAAUGAUUUUCAACGCAAACAGUGGACCAUUCAGUACAACGCUUGCUUGAAUGCAUGCUCUCGGAGCCAUCAAUGUAAUCUUGAGCAACAGGUCUGCCAUUAUAGUAAGGACCAUUUCUUCUGAAGCCUGCAAUUUGUUUCCAUUUA